AUGCCGCCCUGGGCCCAUCUCCUCCAGCCUCCUCUGGAGGUCCCAGCACUCACCACCAUGGGAGGAUGGCUCAUCCUUCAGCCAAGCUUUGCCCAGUUCCCCAUCGACCGAGGGGCGUGCCGGCCGUGCAACGACACCGAGAUCCUGAUGGCCAUUUGCACUAGUGACUUUGUGAUCCGCGGCAGCAUCAGGAGCGUCUCCAACGAUGCGGAGCUGCAGGAAUCCGUCAUCGGGGUGGUAGAGGCUUAUAAGCAAGGUCUCAGACCAGCCGUUGGCUAUGAGCUCAAUCCCUGGCUGCUGUGUCUCUCCAACUACCGGGCCUGGAAGGCUGGGUACCACGGGAAGGUUUCCUUCCUGAAGAAAGAUCUGUGGAAGGUGAAUCUUUCCGAUUGCCACAAUGUGAUCGUGUUCCUGGCCCCCAGCGUGAAACCUCCCCUAGCCGCCAAGCUCCUCGCAGAACUCCCCGACGAAGCCCGGGUGGUGGCUGGACGUUUCCCUUUCCCCUCCUGGACCCCCACCAGCACCCUGGGGCAGGGGCUGGAGCAGGUCUGGGCUUAUGACAUGAAGGAGGUGCGGCGAGCAGCACAGAGCAGCGCGGAGGGAAGCCCCGUCUAA